AUGCUUAUCCGCGUUCCGGGGAGAUUGCCCGGAACAGGACGCUGCUCUGCCAGCCUGGAUCCUGGCCAUCUUAUCUUCCGGGCCCAAUCAUAUGCCGCUGAAGCGCAGUUGCAAGCACGGAAGCCGGAAAACAGCCAUAUCCGACUGAGACCAAGCGUCCCCAGACAGUGUGUCAGAUUUGAUGUACGAAGUAUAUACUUAGACAGAUCGUCUGGCAUCAAGAGCGCACUGGUAUCGCACAAUAGACCAGACGAACCACUGUCUUCACUGUUUGGUACACAGAACCAAGUACCCCAUGGAGGAAACUUUACGGAGUUAGGGAUUUUUAUGCAGGGAAACGGAAGCGGCUUUUCGCUACCCGCCGUAUCGUAUGUAUCGUAUACAGCAAAAUUACGUGCCCGAAUACCGAUGAUUAAGCGAAAACAGGGCUCCGGUCCGGCUUGGCGCUUAGCGGAUGCUGGAGCGUCCGAAGAAAGAUACCGACGAGGAGCUGUCGAUUGCUUCCUACCGUAA